UGAAAGUCUAGAUUUUUCUGAGUCUAAACUAAUGAAACCACUUCCUGUGUAGGGUGUGCACUAUUUAAAAACACAGUACACACCAUAAAGAUCACGUCUCAUCUGUGCACACAUACUGUACUCUACUGUAAGUAAGACAAAAUAAUGGAAUCGGGGACCUUUUAUGUAUGUAGAAAUAUUAAUAACAGAUCUGGUCCUCGAACACAGAGCCGCUGCAAGGAUGAAGGAAAAGCUCGCAAGCAAAGAGGAAGUAGACGUUUGGUGUUGAUCUCAGUGGGUCUCGGGCUCCUUUGUGUUCUUCUGCUGGUCUUCAUCAUACUACUCAACAUCACCAUCACAGCAGAGAGAGACCUGAUAAAGAGUUACAAGAACACAGUUGAAGAGUUCAAUCAAACCAUCAACCACUUACAGGACAAUCACACUGAUUUAACACAGAAGAACCUGGUGCUGGAGACCAAAGUCAAUGAUCUCACUGCUGAGAAAGACCAGUUACGGAGCAACUUCAGUUCUUUGAAUCAGAAGAAACUGGAGCUGGAAAGAAAUCUGUGUGGUUCAGUUUGUUUCUUCAUGUCCACUGAGUCGAAGAGCUGGUCUGACAGCAGACAGUACUGCAGGGAUCGUGGAGCUGAUCUGGUCAUUAUCAACACUGAAGAAAAGCAGAGGUUCAUAUCUUCAUUAGUCAGUGAGAGAGUUUGGAUUGGUUUGUCUGACAGAGAGAACGAGGGCAUUAUGAAAUGGGUGGAUAAUUCAACACUGAAUCAAGGGUUUUGGCUCAAAGGUGAGCCAAACAACGAUGGAAAUGAGGACUGUAUUGAACUGAAUUUUAAUAGAGAGAAGCCGGGAUGGUCACCACUGAACAGCUGGAAUGAUGAUGUAUGCUCUGAGACGAAAAAGGGGAUUUGUGAGAAAUAGGGUUCAUCUCGUCUUAUGGUUUUGCUUUUAAUAUCUAAUAUAAUCCUUCUAAUUGUAAACUCAUAAGUUC